UGUGAGACUUGGAGUCAAAUGUGAGAUGAAGAUGGUAUCAUAUGGGAGGAGGUGUUUGUCCUUUAUCGCUCACACAUAAUAGACUAGUCUUUUGAGUUGGACUUUCCUGUGACCCCACACAUAAUUUGCUAACUACCCAAACGUACCCUACACCGUGCCCUCUUGGAAUUUCAUUUAUAACAGAGAAGUACCCAGACAUGCAAAUAGUCAAAUUUUAUCAAUAGAACAACAUAAGGUACUAUCAUAGACACCAAAUUAAAGACUUAGGCAUCACAAAUGAAAGCUAGUUUCUUCCUACUUUUUCUACUGUCUUUCUACUCUUCUUUGCAUGAGAUUUCUACAACAGAUGUAAUCACUAAAAAUCAAUACAUCACAGAUGGUGAAACAAUUGUUUCAUCUGGUGGAACCUUUGAGAUGGGAUUUUUCAGUCCCACUGGUUCGUCAAAACGAUAUGUUGGGAUAUGGUACAAGCAAAUUCUUCCUAUGCAGACAUUAGUAUGGGUUGCCAACAGAGAGAAACCACUCACCAAUACAUCUUCAAUCGUUUUGAAGGUCACCAGGCCGGGAAUUCUUGCUCUUCUCAACGACAAGAAAGAUAUUAUAUGGUCCACUAACACCUCACGAUCAGUCCGAUAUCCAGUUGCACUACUUUUGGAUUCUGGUAAUCUUGUUGUGAAAGAUGCAAAUGAAACAAAUCCAGAAAAAUUCAUCUGGCAGAGCUUCAAUGUUCCAACUGAUACGUUCUUGCCUUAUAUGAAGCUUGGCAAGAAUUUUAAAACUGGCCAAGAGGUUUACCUUUCAGCAUGGAAGAACGACAGUGACCCAACUCCAGGGGAACUCACUCUACACAUUGAUCCUACUGGAUAUCCACAGACACUCGUCAAACGUGGCACACGUGUAGUAGUUAGCUCAGGACCAUGGAAUGGUUUACGUUUCAGUGGGGAUCGCACACCACCACCAAACCAAAGCAGCAUUUAUAAAGUUCAGUUUGUAUUCAAUAAGGAGGAGGUUUCCUAUAGUUAUUAUUUCAUUAACAACUUGGUGUUACCAAGGCUAGUCCUGUCUAGCAAUGGUUAUCUCCAAGGCCUCAUGUGGGUGGAUCAGACAAAGAGUUGGCUUUACGUCAGGUCACCUCCUACUGCAUGUGACGCAUAUAACUUAUGCGGUGCCUAUGGGAGCUGUGAUGUAGAUCAUUCCCCUGUUUGUACGUGUUUGGAAAAGUUUGUUGCUAAAUAUCCACAGCAAUGGGAAAAGGGAGAUUGGUCUAAUGGGUGUGUUCGGAGGAAGCCUUUCGAUUGCAACAAGGAACAUGCGUUUCUAAAAUAUUCCGAAAUUAAGUUGCCAGAUACUAAGUACUCUCAGUACAAUACGACCAUGACACUUGACGGGUGUAGGGACGUAUGCUCGAGGAACUGCUCUUGCACAGCUUAUUCGACUCUAAAUAUAAGCAGUGGAAAAGGUUGCUUGUUUUGGUUUGGGGUCUUGAUUGACAUCACAAAGAUGCCUGGAGGACAGGACAUCUACAUCAGGAUGGCUGCUUCAGAACUAGUAUCUGAGACAGGUUCAAAUCAAAAGACAGCAAAGAUACUCGCAGUGAGUCUCUCAUUGAUGGCACUGAUUUUGCUUGGCCUUGUUCUGCUGUUGUAUAAAUGGAAAAAGAACAAACUGAAACUCAAAGAAGAAUUUGAGCUUCCACUCUUCCAAUUGUCGACAAUAACAAGAGCUACAAAUAACUUUUCGGACAACAACAAGAUUGGAGAGGGUGGGUUUGGACCCGUUUACAAGGGGGUCCUGGAAGAGGGACAAGAAAUUGCGGUGAAGAGACUCUCUAGGACUUCCACGCAAGGACUGGACGAAUUCAAGAACGAAGUUAUCUAUAUUGCAAAGCUUCAGCAUAGAAAUCUUGUGAGACUUCUGGGUUGCUGCAUUCAAGGGGAAGAAAAGAUGUUGAUCUAUGAAUUCAUGCCUAACAAAAGCCUGGACUCAUACAUAUUUGAUCAAACAAAUAGCAAAUUACUUGAUUGGCCAAAGCGUUUCGACAUAAUAAAAGGAAUUGCACGUGGCUUAUUGUAUCUCCAUCAAGAUUCUCGACUACGGAUUAUCCAUAGAGACCUUAAAGCAAGCAAUAUUUUGCUAGAUAUAGAAAUGAAUCCAAAGAUAUCAGACUUUGGGUUGGCUAGAAGUGUUGCAGGGAAUGAGAUGGGAGCAAACACAAGCCAUGUGGUUGGGACACAUGGCUACAUGGCCCCAGAAUAUGCAGUAGAAGGGACUUUCUCCGUAAAAUCAGAUGUGUUUAGCUUUGGUGUCUUGGUUUUAGAGAUUGUGAGUUGCAAGAGAAAUAGAACAGUUUUAGAUCAAGAUCAAAACCUUAACCUUCUCGGACAUGCAUGGAAGCUUUACAAAGAAGAUAGGUCCUUGGAGCUAAUUGAUUAUGAGCAGCUAGCUGAUUCUGGCCAUAUAUCUCAAGUUUUAAGGUCAAUCCAAGUAGGUCUAUUAUGCGUGCAACAAUGUCCUGAAGAUAGGCCAAAUAUGUCUUCGGUCAUUAUGAUGUUGGGUAACGACCUCGGGAGUAUACUGCCAGAAGCUAAAGAACCAGGUUUUUUCCCACAAAGAGAGGUACUCGAUGCAGAAAAUUCAGCAUCGCAGAAUGAAGUCACGAUCACAAUGUUAAAUCCUCGGUAGAGUGAAAAAAAUAUAAUGCAACUAUUUUUACGGGUGAAUGUGCACGAGAAUAUUAGAUAAAAUGUAGAACUUUGAUUCUUGAAAAAUACAGCAAUAUCUAAACAAAACAAGAAGUUAAGUUUUUCUA